ACGCACCCACUCAGGCAGAGAAAGACAGAGACAAACCUCAGAUCCUGCGAAUAGGAUCACAUAAAUAAUUCCUCCUUAAAACAACCACCAUAUCCCACUCUUUUUGUUCCCAAUCUACAACGUAAGAAUAUGCCUAAUCUCUCCUCUCGAUCUCUCUCUUUCUCUCCCCUCCUCUCUCUACAGCUCUUCAUGUCUUGAUUGAAAGGAAAGCCAAGUCUCUCUCUCUCUCUCUCUCUCUCUCUCUCUCUCAUACACCAAAGUGUGAAUGUGAAGACAACGACAACAAUAAUACCCAGAAAGUGUUCCUUCAAGAGCCAGCAAAAUCCAUUCCGCUGGUUAAUUUCUGAAUAUUCACUCUCUUCAAUACCAUCAUGGCCAUUCUCAAAAUUAUGCAUUUUGCGGUUCCUUUGAUCUGGGUAUUUCAGCUGAGACGGGGUUGAGCUUUCGUACCAUAUACGAGUGUUGCAUUGGACCGUUUAAUUUCUAGGUUUCCCCGGUUGGGUAUUCUGUCGGAUCUCGAAAGACCAUGGCAUUGUUCCGCAAGUUCUUUUACCGGAAGCCGCCAGAUGGACUCUUGGAGAUCUCUGAAAGGGUUUACGUCUUUGACAGCUGUUUCACCACGGAUGUUUGGGAAGAAGAUGAGUAUAAAGUCUACAUGGGAGGAAUAGUUGGAAAACUCCGUGAACACUUCCCUGAUGCUUCAUUCAUGGUCUUCAACUUCCGAGAAGGAGAGAACCAAAGCCAGAUUGCUAACAUAUUGUCCGAGUAUGAUAUGACGGUGAUGGAUUAUCCACGACACUAUGAAGGCUGCCCGUUGCUCACAAUGGAGAUGAUCCACCACUUUUUAAGAUCAAGUGAAAGCUGGUUGUCACUUGGGCAACAAAAUUUGCUCUUAAUGCACUGUGAACGAGGUGGAUGGCCAGUUUUGGCUUUCAUGUUGGCUUCUCUUUUGAUUUACAGGAAGCAGUACACCGGGGAACAAAAAACUCUGGACAUGAUUUACAAACAAGCACCUCGGGAACUUUUGCAAUUGAUGUCACCACUGAAUCCAAUGCCUUCACAACUGAGGUACCUUCAGUACGUCUCCAGACGAAAUGUCGCCUCAGAAUGGCCUCCAUUGGAUAGGGCUCUUACAUUGGACUGCAUUAUUAUGAGAUUCCUUCCUAAUAUGGAUGGAGAAGGUGGUUGCUGUCCAAUAUUUAGGAUAUACGGACAGGAUCCUUUUAUGGCUGCUGAUCGGACAACCAAAGUUCUGUUCUCAACUCCAAAGAAGAGCAAAAUUGUUCGACGCUACCAGCAGGCAGAUUGUGAACUUGUUAAAUUUGACAUCCAUUGCCAUGUCCAAGGUGAUGUUGUUCUUGAGUGCAUUAGCCUGGAUAAUGAUCUGGAACGUGAAGAGAUGAUGUUUCGAGUUAUGUUUAAUACAGCAUUUAUACGCUCAAAUAUUUUGAUUCUUAACGGUGACGAAAUUGACAUCUUAUGGAAUGCCAAGGAUAAGUUUUCUAAGGAUUUUAGAGCAGAGGUUCUUUUUUCGGAGAUGGAUGCUGCAAAUUCUCUUAUUUCAAUUGAUUGCCCUGGAAUCGAGGUGAAAGAAGGCCUUCCAGUAGAAGCAUUUGCUAAAGUACAAGAGAUUUUCAAUAAUGUAGAUUGGCUUGCUCCAAAGGUAGAUGUAGCAUUGAAUGUGCUGCAACAAAUCAAAGAAUCAGAUUUUCUUCUGGAAACAUCGGAAAACAUUUCUGUGCCUACUGCAGAAGGUAUUUCGUUGCCGGAUUCCACUUCAGAAAAUCUAAAAUCAGAAUCAAAGGCAUCAAAGGCUCAGGGGAAACAACCUAAGAUCAUAUCCCAAAGAGGACGCCCCACUUCCCUAUCAGCUCCGGCUUCUUCACAUGGCUCACCUGUCAAAAUAUCAAGAUACCACAGUGCGCCAUCGGCCCUUGGCAUUACAGCUUUGUUGCAAGAUCAUGUUGCGUCUAAUAGUGAAGAAGUAGUCAAGCAUGCAGUGACAAUGGCUUUACCUUCUCCAGCUCGUUCUAUUUCAAAUAAAGCUAAACCUGUACAGCAAACAAAAGAACCCACUCCUUCAAAGCUAACACCUUCACAUGCCUCUUUCUCAUUACAGUCUUCAACUGAUGCUACAAAAGAACCCACUCCUUCUAAGCUAACACCUUCACAUGCCUCUUUCUCAUUAAAGUCUUCAAUUAGUGUUCCUAUAACUUCCGGAAAAACUUCUGCAGCUUCUCCAUCUCAGUUGAUGCCUCUCUCAAUUUCAAGUGCCAAAGAUUCUUCACCUACUCAACAUUCUGGGACCACAAUACAGUCAUCAGUACGUCCUCCCUCCCCUCCUUUUUCUGGGGCAGCUCCUUCCUAUGCUCUCAAGAAUUCUUGUUCAAUCCCCCCUUCUCCUCCUUUUUCUGAGGUAUCUCCAUCUUCGUCUGUCAAGAACUCAUUUUCAACUCCCCCUCCGCCACCUCCACCCUCUUCUUUGCUGGGAACACCCUCGUCUUCCACAAUAAAAAACUCAUUUUCAACUCCCCCACCCCCUCCUCCACCUCCUCUUUCAGAAACACCACCAUUAUUUCUCAAGACCUCACUUUCAGGUUCCCCUCCUCCUCCUCCACCCGCUGCUAUUCCAUCUUCAAAUGCUUGUGCUGUUGAUUCUGCGCCGUUUGUGAAGAAUGCAGCAGUUACAUCUGCUCCCCCACCGCCUCCACCUCUUCCACAUUCUGGGCCUGCCUCAGAUCCUACUAAAAUAUCUUCGGCACCAUCCCCACCACCACCGCCACCUCCUUCCCUUCCUCCUAAUUCUGCCAUGAAGGAUUCUUCCUCAAAGAAUUCUGCCCAUGCUCCGCCUGUACCUCCCCCUCCAGCUCCCUUUGCCAAAGCUGGCAGUGCCUCUCCACAGUCUCACUCUAGAGCUGGUGCUGGAAAUGUGCCUCCAAUUCCUGGACCACCUUCGGGUGGUACAUUAAGUUCAAAGGGAUGGGGCGUAUCACGUUCGAGUCCCAGAAAUCAGGCUCCUCCUAAAAAGUCCAAUCUUAAGCCAUAUCAUUGGUUAAAGUUGACAAGAGCGAUGCAAGGAAGUUUAUGGGCUGAAGCGCAGAAAGCUGAUGAAGCUUCCAAGGCUCCAGAUUUCGACAUGUCAGAACUUGAGAGUCUUUUCUCUGCAGCUGCGCCAAAUUCACAACAUGGAAGCACUGGUGGAAAAUCGAAUCGCCUCGGCUCUGGAUCAAAGUCUGAAAAAGUUCAGCUGAUUGAGCUAAGGCGGGCAUAUAAUUGUGAAAUUAUGCUUACUAAAGUUAAAGUCCCUUUGCCUGAAUUGGUGAGUUCAGUCCUUGCGUUGGAUGAAUCAGCACUAGAUGUUGAUCAGGUGGAGAAUCUCAUAAAGUUCUGUCCAACGAAAGAAGAGAUAGAUUUGCUAAAGGGUUAUGGUGGAGAUAAGGAAAACUUGGGGAAAUGUGAACAGUUUUUCUUAGAAUUGAUGAAAGUGCCGCGGGUGGAGUCAAAGCUGAGAGUUUUCUCCUUUAAGAUACAAUUUCAUUCUCAGGUUUCCGACCUUAGAAAUAAUUUGAAUAUUGUCAAUUCUGCAUCUGAAGAGAUCAGAAAUUCGGCCAAGUUGAAAAGAAUCAUGCAAACCAUUCUUUCCCUGGGUAAUGCUUUGAACCAUGGAACUGCAAGAGGUUCUGCAAUUGGAUUUCGAUUGGAUAGUCUCCUUAAACUCACUGAUACACGAGCCCGGAAUAACAAGAUGACUCUCAUGCAUUAUCUUUGUAAGGUGCUUGCUGAAAAGUUGCCAGAACUUCUUGAUUUUCCAAAAGAGCUUAAGAGUUUGGAGGCUUCAACAAAGAUACAAUUAAAAUAUUUGGCGGAGGAAAUGCAGGCCGUUAGUAAGGGGCUGGAGAAAGUUGUACAGGAAUUGUCUGCCUCAGAAAAUGACGGUCGUGUUUCAAAUGAAUUUUGCAAGAUUUUAAAGGAUUUUCUUAGCUAUGCUGAAGCUGAAGUGAGGUCUUUGGCUUCACUUUAUUCUAGUGUGGGUAGAAAUGCGGAUGCACUGGCUCUAUAUUUUGGGGAAGAUCCAGCCCGUUGUCCAUUUGAGCAAGUCGUAUCUACUCUGCUCAACUUUGUGAGGAUGUUUGUACGAGCACACGAAGAAAACUGCAAAUACAUUGAGCUCGAAAAGAAGAAAGCACAGAAGGAGGAAGAAAAUGAGAAGGUAGCGUUGGGUGCUUCCAAAAAGGAGUCCGUAAACCUGAUGCGGACUACCAUCAAGAGUGGUAACAUGAAUUGAUCAAGCUAAUCAUUUGUUAGCAACACAACAUAACCUAACCUAAGUAGUACUGCUGCAUGAAAAAGAAGGCCCUUACAUGCAAUUAGGACGACGUAUAGCCAGCAGCUAGCACUGCAUGGUAUAUAUUGAUGAACUGAUGGUGUAGCUGAGAAAUUUUUUAUUUUUAACUGUACUGAUGUUGGAGCUGCAUGCAUGGAGUCCUAUUCAAUGAGCAUGGAGGCUUCCUGAUCUUAUGCUGAUCUUUGGAAAUUUUGCAGUAAAAGUUUCCGUUAAGAGUUAUGACAACCCCACUGGCCUGAUCUUCCCCUCCGAUCCCUAGCUAGCUCGUUUCUUCCAUCAUUAAUAUUUGAUCUGCUUGUAUAUUUUUUGGAUGUUAGGAUGUAAAUGUCGAUAUAUAUAUACACAUAUAUAGAUAGAUUAAUGUUACGAUUGUAUGACUGGAAAUUAAGGGCAAUAUUUGAUCAUCUUUCUGAAAAGCAACCAGUGAGGGAAGUA